GAGGACCAUGUUGAAUUACAUAGGUUUUGAAAGUGUGAGAGAGAAGCUUCUCGGCAGAAUGGAAGUAAUGGUAAACCAAAGUUUACGAUCUUGGUCGACUAAAUCUUCCACCGAAGUUAAAUCAUCCAGUGCAGAAAUGGCAGCCAAUUUUUCAUUAAAGGAGUUGUGUGGUUUUGAUGCUAGUAUGCAAGAAGAAAAUAUGAGUAAGAAGUUCGCUUUCAUGCAAGCUAUAAUGUGCAUACCUGUGAACAUUCCUGGUACUGCUUUCCAUACAUAUCUGAAGAACCAGAAGGGGGCUAUGAAAUUGCUCAGGGAAAUGCUUCAUGCGAGAAUCAAACUGCGAGAGAACGAUAGCUCACUACCUAUGGAUCUUCUUGAUCAAAUCGUAGAUGACAUGAAAACAUCGGGAGAAGAAUUCUUAACAGAGAGCUUUGUUAUCGUUAUGUUGUUUGCGACACUCCUGGCUUCUUUUGAACCGGUUUCUGCUGUUCUCUCUUUAGCGAUGGUAUUUCUUACUGACCAUCCUUUGGUUGUCAACGAAUUAAGGGAAGAAUACGAGAGGGUACUCAAAAACAGAGAAAAUGCUGGUUCUCCCCUUACAUGGACAGAAUAUAAAUCAAUGACGUUUACACAUCAGGUUGUCUAUGAAUCACUGAGGAUAGCCAAUUCUGCUCCGGGCCUAUUAAGGAAGGUCAUCAAAGACAUAGACGUAAAUGGAUACAUAAUUCCAGAAGGCUGGACACUUAUUUGUCUUCCUUCUUAUGUUCAUAUGGAUCCUGAGAUAUACGAAGAUCCUCUUGUUUUUAAUCCAUGGAGAUGGAAUGGUAAACCUCCGACUACAAAGAAUUUUAUGCCAUUUGGUGGAGGAAUAAGGAGUUGUGUAGGAUCAGAAUACACGAAAGCAAUGAUUGGGGUAUUUAUUCAUGUCUUGAUUACUAAAUUCAGCUGGACGAAAAUAAAGGGAGGAGAAGUAAGUCGAAUGCCUGUUUUAACAUAUCCAAAUGGCUUUCAUGUUAAAAUCUCUGAAAAUGAUCCAAUCAAGACAAACGCGUAAUGGAGUGCAAGCUUCUCUUAAUUAUAUGAAAGUA